AUGGCUGCCAUCAGCGGUUCAACCUCUAUGAUUGAGGAUGCUGAUGUGGAAGCCAAUGUUUAUGCCAUUGACUUCAGUUUUAAUCAGCGUCCCUCAGUGGACAUAGGAGUGGAGAAUUUGAAUUAUACAGUUAACCCCAAAAAUAUGUCUAUCUGGCAGCGGGUGUCCGCUCUCCAGUUUCCAUGGGAAUGGACAAAUGAUUCCGAACCAAGAACAGUGCUAAAAAAUGUGUCGUUCUCGGUAACAAGCGGAAAGAUGCUGGCUGUCCUAGGAAGUUCAGGGAGCGGGAAGACUAGUCUGCUGGAUGUGCUCGCAGGAAGGAAUGAUGGCGGGGAGGUCAGAGGAGAGAUUUAUUUAAAUGACGUGGCUCGCACAAACUCUAUGAUCCGCUCAUGUUCUGCUUACGUCAGACAAGAUGACCGCCUUUUGGCACACUUAACUGUGAAAGAAACACUCAUGUUUGUUGCUCAAUUAAAAUUGCCGACCACCAUGUCAAUGAAGCAGGUUGAAAAAAGGGUCGAUAUGGUCAUCUCGGAACUGGGGUUGCGUCAUGUGUCAGACACAAAAGUCGGAAACGCUGAAAGUCGAGGUGUAUCGGGUGGUGAGAGGAGACGAGUUAGUAUUGGUGUCCAACUUCUGUUAGAUCCCAGUAUCCUGUUUCUUGAUGAACCAACUUCCGGUCUGGACGCUUUCACGGCCCAUCAUCUGGUGGAGACACUAUCGAAACUGGCACGAAACAACAGAACAGUGCUUAUGUCCAUACAUCAACCGAGGUCUGACAUUUUUGAGUUAUUCGACUUGAUGAUGAUUAUGACAAGUGGUCGACAGGUGUAUUUUGGCGAAGCCAACAAAAUGGUAGAUUAUUUCACAGAAAAGGGAUUCCCUUGUCCAGCGCUUACCAAUCCGUGUGAUUAUUAUGUUGAUUUGGCUACCAUUGACUGCACCUCUGAUGUUACGGAAACAGAAAGCACCGACACCGUUAACACAUUAAUCCAGAGAUAUGAGACCAGCAGACUUGUCAACAGUGCAGAGCGUGGAAUGAGUCUCGAAUCCGAUGGGACCACCGGUGUUGUUUCCCCAGAUGAACCAUACCCAGUCAUGAAGAUGUUUGACAAUCUGGAGCACAGUCCUGGACCUUUCCGGCAAUUCUCUGUACUAUAUCGACGUUGUACCCGGAAUCUGGUUGAAGACUACCUGUUUCUGAUGGCACAGUUUAUUCAGGCCCUAUCCAUGUCAGUCGUGGUGGGACUUGUUUACUUUAAACUAGGAUUGGACCAGAACACAGUCCGCGAUUGGUUCGGCCUCAUGUACAUCAUUGGGGCUAUGUAUCCAUACCUUGUCAUCCUUGACCUCAUCGCUCAAUAUCACAACGAAAGACAUUACCUGUACUACGAAAUGGAGGACGGUUUGUACGGACCGACGCCAUAUUACUUCGCCAAGGUGCUUAGUGAGUUACCGCUCCACUCCUUCUUCGUGGUUGUGUACGUGAUCCCAGUAUUCUUCCUGGCCGGAUUCACUGUAGAUGUGAAGGUGUUUUUUCAAGUAUUCGCCAUAGUGUUCCUGCUGGUGUACUGCAGUCGUUCCCUUGCCAUGCUUUCCUCAGCUCUGAUGCCGACCUUCACUCUUUCUUGUUUCUUUGCACAGACGUUUUUCUCUAUGUAUAUCAUGUCGGCGGGAUUUUUCAUCAAUCUGGAAAACAUAUUUUCCGGUUUGAAAUGGGUAUCUAGUAUAUCUUACCUGAAGUGGGGAUUUCAGGGUCUAUGCCUCACAGAAAUACAGAAUUUGACCUUUUCGUGUGGCAUCGUGCCACCAGAACUUUGUAUAAAGAAUGGAGAAGCUGCUCUGAAACUGUACUCUCUCGAUGGAAAUACGGUGCUGGACGCCUGCCUGGUGCUAAUGGGUUCUAUUGCAGUAUAUCUCUUCAUAUAUUAUCUCGGUAUGAAAUUUGUCAAACAGAAACCACACCAGAUGUGA